AGAAAAAAAAUCCUCCUCCGCCUCCGGCCCCCGGCUCAGAGGCAGGCAGCAACCGCGCACCUCCUCGGCGUGACGAACACUCGAGGCGUUCGUUAUCCAUGGCCGCCGCCGCCGCUUCCUCUGCUGUCCUCUUCCCCAACUCGCGAGCUCCCGCCACGCUGUCGCGGAGGAGGGCUUCAGGGCCGGUUCAAAGGAGGGGCUUCGUUUUUGGACUCGAGGGGCGGAGCAGGAGGGGAGCCACGGGGACCGUGCGAGCUUGCUUCAAUCCUCUCGGUGACGAACGCAUCCUCCGGGAGGCCUUGAAGGAGCCAGUUGCCUUUAUGGGUGGUGUCUUUGCUGGCCUCUUGAGGCUUGACCUGAAUGAGGAUCCUCUCAAGGAAUGGAUCACUCGGACUGUAGAGGCUUCUGGAAUUGCUGAGGAUAAUCAAACCGAUGAAUCAAGUGAGGGAUCUCAAGAUGAUGCGCCCCAACAAAUUGAGAUUGAGUGAGGUUGUUGGGCGCUGCUUUCCAACUAUCUUUAUCAGUAAUGAUGGAUAUGGACCUAGCAAGACUGGUUUGCAGAAUAUCCUUCGCCUGUAAGUUUCAUACUUACGACUUGUAAGUUGUUAUGAACCUUAAGGUAUGAAAUAGCUGGCACUCCAGAACCGUAAGCUGUUAUUGCUGAUUUGAAUCUGAAGCUACUGACGUGAACACAGGUGAUGAGUUAAUGCAGCUGCUAACUACUCGAUGAUGACUUCCCCUUUUAGUCCAAGUGUUGGAAAAAGUUUGUCUUUGAAUGGUGACGAAAUGUGGGGAAUUCACUUCCAUACCCUUUUAACUGAAAAAUAGAAUCUGCAUGUUAACUCAGUUUAGUAUCAAUAAAAAAAUUGCAGAUUUGUAUGGGUUAAGUGAUGAAAAUAAGACUUAUGUUGCCAUAGAGAAACUAUGCCAUCAAGAAAAUGUCCUUGCUUAAGGAGAACAAAUAGAAAUAGAAAAUUUGCAGCAUGAUUUUUAGUGAACGGCUUAAAUUUUAUUACAUCAUCUCUUCCGCAAUUUCGUACCCAAUUUAAAUUUAUUAGCAGGUAACAUAGUUUGGUUUCCAUUACUUUCUGGCGAGGCUUGCUUCUGGAAUUCAGAUUUGCUGAUUAUUGUGUACCUUUUGUCAUAUGCAUUCAUGUAUGAAUAUGAUUGAAACCUAUGCUAGUCCUAUAAUGCUAUGCAUGAGUGUGGUUGGAAACUCUGCUAUGCCAGAACGAAUUCGAGUAAUAGAUUUUCCUGUUU